AUGACGAGGGACAGCAGCUCGGUAGCUGAGCUGAAUAGGCUGCUUUCAGAGCUACUUACUAUCAGCGCAAGCGCUCGCAAAUAUCUUUCGAGCAAGGAAUCCACCGUCGAGGUCUCAGACCAAGUACCCGCCGGUCGAGGGCUUGUAUUCAGAAACCGCAUCGAACCAGAGCAGGUGCUCCUCACUCUGCCCUUCGACACCUUGAUCAACGUCAAGACGUACAAGUCUUUCUUUCACCCAGCUACGCUCCCAAUACCGGUCAGAACUGCAACAAGUGGUCGCAACAACCGCAUCACCAACGCCAACCACAGCCGAUCAUCAUCACAGCUGCUAUCCUUUCUCCUCGCCCGAGCCCGCAUCGAAAUCUCCUUGAAACGGGAAAGGACCAAUGCAGAGACAAACCCCAAGCACCAAGCCUUGCAACGAUUUGUUCAGACGCUGCCCCAGAGGUUCGAUACCGUGCCGUUGACAUGGUCCAUGUUUGUCCAUCGUCUUGAGCACAGCCAAAUCCCACUGCCACCCUCCUGGAAGCAGCGCUUUUUUGGACAACUGUUGCAAGCCUUACCACCUCACAGCCAGUACCUGCAACACAAAGUGCGACAACGUUUCGAAAAGGACUGGCAAGCGCUGUGUGCCCUGCGCGACACGCACCCUGCUCUGCUCGCCGAGCCUGCCUUGCUUACAUGCAAUCCAGACCUAGCUCGCAGCAUUGUGCGCUCAAUCGAUCUCGACACGUUUCUAUGGGCCUGGCUCUGUGUCAACUCACGCUGUCUGUACUUGCCAUUGGGCUUGGCGGAUCAUGCCGACAACUUCACGCUGGCGCCUUUGCUCGAUAUGGCCAAUCACACCUCGGAUCCGGCUUUGGAGUGUAAAGUGACCUAUGCAUCCGACGGCGGUUUCGAACUGCGCGCACCCAGCAACGAGGCCCACCGGAAACCAUCUCCCAAAGAUGCCUCAUUUGCGGCCAUGCCCGGUGACGAGUGCUUCAUCACGUACGGUCCCCAUUCAAACGAAAGCCUGCUCUCUGAAUACGGUUUCGUGCUUCCCACUCAGCUGACAUUGACCGAGCAUGCUAGCCAAGAUGCAUCAUCCCACGCCGAAAGUGGACAACAUUGGCAAGGCAGCAGAUACGUCGAUGUCUUGAUGGACCAUCACGUUGAGCGUCUCCUUCAGGCUCAAGGUGCAGAUGGCGAGCGAAAAAUCGAGCUCCUGCAGAACAGAGGCUACUGGCGAGGCUACACGGUCCAUCCCUAUCCAGAGCCUGCACACCCUUCGCAUCGGCUCAUUCCGGCACUGCGUCUCGCGGCUCUCGAUCUAAAUCCGCCCACCAUCACGUCGUUACCUUCCAAAAUGGCCAAAGCCCACACUAAAGGGAGUGUCAAAGCGGGCUAUAAGCCGCAUUUCCAGGCAUCCAGCAUCAUUGGCAACGCCGACGAAUCUUCUGACCUCGACCGGUGGGAAGCAACGCUCACCGGAUUCCGUGACACUGUUUCGGACGAAAACGAACGACAAGCACAUCGUAUCUUGGUUGACUUGUGCCAAGCCAGACGCAAGGACACCGAGACGGCUCGUCAACAUCUUUGUGCGGCACAAACCAUUUUCGUCGAGCAUUCUAAUAAUGCGGCAGUGAAGAACGACGGUCCAGUCGAACCAGAUCUCAACGCAUGUACAUCGAGCAUGGCUUUCGUACAACAGCUUCUGGACGAAGAGCAGAAGGUGCUCGAGCUAGUCAGCCGCGCAGCACACGAUCAAGUCGAAUGGUGA